AGACUAUAAAAGAGAAGAAAUGAAACUGAACUUAUUCACCAACUGAACUUCAGCAGCAACAAGACUCGAAACAUCCUCCGCCUGUAAAAGACAGAUAUGGCAUAUCUUCAGCUUGAGACAAAGGAACCAUCAGACUUUAGGAUUGUACUUGUUGGGAAAACUGGAGUCGGGAAGAGCGCAGCGGGAAACACCAUCUUAGGGAGGAAGGCUUUUGAAUCUAAGAUGUCUUCGUCCUCACUGACAACAACGUGUCAGAAGGAAACAGGAAAUGUUGCUGGUCGAAGACUGGCUGUUGUUGAUACUCCAGGUCUGUUUGACACAAGGAAAUCUAACAAGGAGGUGAGCAGAGAGAUCGCUAAAGCCAUCUCACUUGCUGCUCCUGGUCCUCAUGUGUUCCUGAUCGUGAUCCAGCUGAACAGAUUCACAAAAGAAGAACAAGAAACAGUGAAAAUCCUUCAGGAGAUGUUUGGAGAAAAGUUAAGAAACUACACUAUGGCCUUGUUCACCCAUGGAGACGACCUGAAGGAGGCGGGAGUCUCCAUAGAGACAUUCAUUAGUCAGAAUCAGCCUCUCCGUGACUUCAUCAGACAGUGUGAUGGAGGUUACCAUGUAUUCAACAACACACACAUGGAUCUCCAUCAAGUUACUGAGCUGGUGACAAAGAUCAACAUUAUUGUUCAGAUAAAUGGAGGAAGCUGCUACACCAAUGAAAUGUUCCAAGCAGCUGAGAGAGCCAUAAGAGAAGAAAUGGAACAUCUGAAGAGAGAAAAUCCAGAUAUUGCUUGCGCAAAAACAAGAAGACAGGCAGAGGAAGACAAUUCGUUUCUUAAGGCGGUUCUAAUGGGCGCUGGUACUGGAGCUGCUGCUGGAGCUGCUGUUGGAGCUGAUGUUGGAGCUGCAGUGGGAGCUGCAGUGGGAGCUGUAGCAGGAGCUGCAGCUGUGGUAGUGAAGAAGGCCUGCAUCAUACAGUGAUAUUCAAUAUUAAUGAUCUAUUAGCUGCAGCUCAUAACAGGGAAUCGUCAUGGUAACAGUUUAAUCUUUUAUUUGAUCACGUUUAUUUUUUCUGCUUUUCAUAGAUCAUGAGUAUCUUCAUUAAUCAUUAUUGAUUAUUCAUCAUGUCAUUAAUGGGACACUUUCUAACUCUUUGAUGUAAAACAAUCUACAUGUCAUACUGUGUAAUAGAAGCUGUAACAGACUCCAGACACUCUGCACUUGUUUUAUUGAAUUAUGCAUUAAUCAAAAAGAGGAAACAAAUGUUUUAAUAAAGUUAGGUUAUUAUAGGUUAGAUCAGGUGAUGUGAAGAAUGAAGUGAGGUGCUGGUUCAUAUAUCCCCAUGUGAU